AUGGCGCCUUCUUCUGGACGAAAGCGAGUGCCAGCGCGAAGUGGACGGACAACCACAACUUUUCAGCAAGCGACAGAAGCAACAUCAGAGUCCUCUCCACAAGAGGCUGGCGACUCGCGCAAAGACGAACUGGAGCCGCUCUCACAAGAGGAGCUCUCGAAGAAGUAUGGCUUGGGCUUUGCUUUGCUGCAACGGAUGGGCUAUUCUGCCGGAGCGCCACUGGCUCCUGGUGCUUUGGUCGCACCCUUGGCUGCGAAGGCCAACCCAGGGCGCCAGGGAUUGACCGAGGAGGCGGAGCCGGAAGCCCAAGAGCCCGAUCCAAGCGACCUGACUGGACUGCUGGAUCAAACCCUGCGCAGCAUGCGGGAGGCUGGUGACCUGGAGGAAGCUGAGGAGCUGCAACGCCUGGCAAGCUUUUGUGGAGGAGGCUUGGAAGGGAAUCCGUUGCCGAAGCCAAAGCGGCGACGCCCACGGGAUGAACGUGCAGAUGAUGGAGAUGCUUUGGCAGAAAUUCUACGGCAGUUUCGAAGCCCCGAGUUUCCAGUCGAAAUGCAACAACAGGAACGCUUUCUCAAUUGGCAAAAGCGCUGGCGGAGCACCAGAGGCAGCUACAAAGGCUUUGUGGAACGACAGGAGCAUCUUCAAGUGUUUUCUUGCCCAACUGGACUGGUGAUGGUGCUUCCAAGAGAUCGAUCUGAACCACAAUUUGAUGCGUUUCUGAAUACAUGCAUCGAUUGGUGUCGUUAUCAGAGCAGCAAAUCUCCCAAGCGAUUGAAGCGGAAGUGGCGUCACAUGACCACUGUGAUCCAGCGGCUCUGCCGGUCACGCGCCAAAGGCGCUGCAGAGCCGGACGAGUCCGUGGCUUUGGAGGAACAGAUCAGCGGGUCAAACGAGCCCUUUGAGGAAAUGGCCAGCGAGGCCAUCUCUCAAACUGACGACGAGACAUUGGGGCUUGGGUGGACUUUGGAUGGAGCUGAGAGUGAGCAAGACCCGGAGCAUCAUGCUUUGAAGUCAUCAUUUCGUGAGGAAAAGGGCGUGGCACAAGGGCCUGCAGAUCGACCUACACAGCGAAAUACAUGA